UCCCUCUUCAUUUUUAUCCAAAGUCCACUUUUUUUUGUCCUAAAAUCUUACACCAUUUUUAGUCAAUACAACAAAUCCAAACAAAAAAUUUACAAAAAUGGAGACAUGGAAGGCGCGAUUCGCCAACGGAAUGAAGAGGAAGCUCCGCAAAUCUCAACACGUCGUCGCUCCCGGCGAAGGAACUUCCACAAACGACACCAACGCCGGCGCCGUCGUCGUUGACGGUGACGGAAAUGAUGAAGAAACGGAGAAAAACAAAAACCCUAGUGUGGGUGGGCCACCUGUUGAUGACGUUUGCCCUAUUUGUUUCGGUUCUUUUACUAUCCCUUGUAAAUCAAUUUGCGGCCAUUGGUAUUGCGGGAGUUGUAUUUUGCAGUACUGGAAUUAUGCAGCAGCUUCUAAGCCGUGUAAAUGUCCGAUGUGUGCUUCGAGUAUUACUAAGUUGAUACCCGAAGAGGCCUUGUAUAGUCAGGAAGAUCGGGAAGUGGCCCGAGUUCUUGAAAAUGUUCAUCGGUAUAACCGCCUUUUUGUCGGUGGUGCGCUUGGUCUUGUUCAGAAAGUGCGGGAGUCGCCGUUGUUUGUGAAGAGAAUUUUUCAUCAAAUGAUGGAUCCGGAUAGACCUGAUUCUUACCUUCAUGAAAUGCGCCUUUUUGCUAUGAUGCUUAGUAUCUUAUAUGCUGCCACUCCAUUUAACUUUAUUCCUACAGGAGGUUUGGGAAUUGUUAGAUUGUUCGAUUAUAUUGCUAUUGCUCUUGUUCUGGUCCUGCGUUUGGUUGGCAUUUUCCGCAGACGAAGACUUGCCCAGCGUAUCAGGCAUUUGGCUGCUGCUCAACCUAUAGGUGAAUUGGCUUUAGAAGACUGAAGUAGGGUGUUUUUUUAAUCAGCCAGAGUCAGAUUCUUCUUCUUACUAUAAGACGGAUGGAUCCAAUUUGUUUGCAAUUCGAAGAGAAAAGUUACCGGCGAUGUAAAUAUUUAGUAAGAGGCCGAUGUGCUUUAAAAAGCAUUAUAAAUUCCAGACUACUAUAUUGUAAAUAUGAAAAAGAUACUGUAGGAAAGUUUGUUGUAAGCAGAAGCAGCUACGUAUAUAACAAGAUUACGAAGUCCAGUGAAAUGGACAUUAUUCAGUGUUGAA